AUGAAGUUCCUUGUUCUUCUCCUUCUCACCAUCAUCGCCUUCUCGAAUUGUGAAGAUCUUCAAGUUCUUGUCAAAAACUUCGAAGCCAAGAUCAGAUCCCUGAUCGAUGCUAAAAACUUCGAUGGUCUUUCGAAGUAUCUUGCAGAUCAUAUGAAAUUCAGAGUAAAUGAAAUUCAAGGAGGUCCAAAACAAGAUUUCAUCAAUUAUUCGAAAAAUGGAACAUUUGUGAUGUUCAAUGGAGUUGGUCCCAAAGAUAUUCCAGAAAUCAAAGCAUAUGAAGAAAACAGUCUAAUUUAUGUUGAUCGAAAUUUGACAGGAGGAAGACACGUCAAUUACUUGAUCGAAAAACAAAACGGAACCGAGUUUGGCUAUCUUAUGAAUCAUUAUUUUGACUACAAAAGUUCUGCUAAGUUCUGA